AACCUAUCGGAGGUGGUCUCGUGAAGCUUUUAGGUUUACCCAUUGUCUCCCAAUCGCGUCGCAGAGCUGCUGCUACCGCGGCUGCUCCUCUCAGAUUCCCCUCCUCGCCAUCCCGCAGGACCAAGUUUCCUUGUUUGCCUUAUUGAAGACCAAGAUGAAGAAAAAGGUGAAAAAGAACCCUAUUGUCUUCCUAGAUGUAUCAGUUGAUGGAAAUGCUGCACGAAGGAUGGUGUUCGAGCUUUUUGCUGAUAUUGUUCCAAAGACUGCUGAAAACUUUCGAGCACUCUGCACAGGUGAAAUAGGAUUUGGGCUUAUGACUAGGAAGCCCCUGCACUACAAGGGUUCAAUCUUCCAUAGGAUUAUUAAGGGUUUUAUGGCACAGGGUGGUGACUUUUCAAGACAUAAUGGAACUGGUGGUGAGAGCAUAUAUGGUGGGAAAUUUGCAGAUGAAAAUUUUAUGCUGAACCAUGAUGGUCCUGGUCUUCUUGCGAUGGCAAAUGCUGGCCGUGAUACUAAUGGUUCCCAGUUUUUUAUCACUUUCAAGGCUGCUCCUCAUCUUGAUGGGAAACAUGUUGUAUUUGGCAAGCUCAUUCUAGGACAAGAAACUUUGAGGGACAUGGAGAAUGUUGAUGUCGAUGGUGACAGACCUGUUGUUCCUGUGAAGAUUGUUAGCUGUGGGGAACUUAAUGAGAGUGCAGCUGCAUUGCAUGAAAAUGAGAAGAAGAAAAAUGCCAAAUUGAAGAGAGUUAGAGACGCUUCUGAUGAUGAUCACGAAGGACGGUCUCGGGGACAGCAUAAGAAGUCUUCUAAAAGAAGAAAGAAGAAAAAGAGAAGACACUAUUCGUCUCAAUCCGAUAGCUCAUCAGAAACAGAAACAGAAUCUUCAGAAAUUGACAGUGAUUCUGAAUCUGACACAUCAUCUGCAUCUGAUAGCAGUGGCUCAAGUGAUGACCGGCGGCAGAAGAGGAAGAAAUACUCUAAAAGAGACAAGUACAAGCGUGGGAAAAGGAAAAGGGAUAGAAAGCGGGAGAAAAGACACAGAAGGCAUGAUAAGAAAUCACGGCACAAGGCCAAAAGGACGCCGGACAGUGAAUCUGAAACAGAGAGUAAAAAUGAUAGCAGCUCUGAUGCUGCUGGAAAUGAUAGACGACGAGAACGGAAGUCUAAGGUCACUUCUCAUAAGUCUGAUGAUAAACAGUCACCAGUACCUUUGGGAAGAGAAAACACUAUUGAAUGUCCUGACAAUGGAGAUAAACCUGACAAACCUCUCGGAGAAGAACCCAAAUCCCAGGGAGAAAAUGGAGAGCUCCAGAGCAGUGACAUUAGAGAACCGACUGACAGAGAUAUGGAUAGGCUACUUGGUUCAGAUGACAUUCCAAAUAAAUCUAGGAGCCAAAUCACAAGACGAAACCAUUCCAUGAGCAAGAGUAUGAGUAUCAGUCCAAGGAGUCCAACUCAAAGCCCAAGUCUGAGCGCCAGAAGGUCACUGAGUAGGAGCCCCACUACAAGAGAUCUUAGUAGAGGUCCUGUUCAUCCACCCCGAAGGAGCAGCACAAGUAGAAGCCCUCCUCAGAGAAGCAUCAGCAGAAGCCCGUCUGGAAGAAAUGCUAGAAGCCCCAUUAGAAAAGUUGUUAGCAAAGGUCCAGUGAGUCAGACUAGGAGAAGCAAAAGCAGAAGCCCAGUUAAAGUUGAUAGUAGGAGUGUAAGCAGAAGCUCGGCAGGGUCCCUGCAGCAGAGAAAUCCAAGUGGGAACAUGGACAAGGCUCCUAUUCAAAGAAGCCUGAGCAGAAGUCCCAUCAUGGAAAAACAAAGAAGCAUUAGUCGAAGCUCAGGAAAGUUGCUGCAGCAGAGAAGCCCUAGCAAGAGUCCAGUGAGGGCUAGGAGAAGUGUGAGUAGAAGCCCUGUAAAGUCUAACGGCAGAAGCAAAAGUCGUAGCCCUGUACGAGCUCAUUCCCGAAGAAGCAUCAGCAGGAGCCCUGUUCGCAGGGCAAUCUCACCGUCAUCUAAUCGUCGCAGGAGCUUGUCAAGAAGCAUUCCCCCGGAUGGGUCUCCCAAGCGCAUAAGAAGGGGUAGAGGUUUCAGUCAGCAGUACUCCUUCGCGAGAAGAUACCGAACUCCUUCUCCUGACCGGUCUCCUAAUAGAUUCCACCGUUAUGGUGGAAGAAGUGAUCGUGAUAGGUAUUCAAGCUAUAGAAGCUACCACAACCGUUCCCCUAGACGUUAUAGGAGCCCUCAAAGAGGAAGAACCCCACCAAGGUACCGAAAUCGAAGGAGCCGAAGCGUAUCCCGUAGCCCUGCUGCCCGGCCAAGAGUUGGCUACAGCAUGAACUCAGCUCACAGUCGUUCGCCUGCUUCCGAAAAACCAAGGCCACACGGCACUAGAGACAACGUUCGUUCCGAGAAGCAUCAGUCAGUCUCGAGAAGCAGAAGCCCAUCUGGAUCACGGUCGAGGUCCAGGUCCAGGUCUCGCUCCUCCGCCGAUACUCCCUCUCCCAAGCGAGUGAGCAAGGAGAAGUCAAGGUCCCCCUCCAGCAGUUCUGGCGGAAGGAAAGGGCUGGUCUCAUACGGAGACGCCUCCCCCGAUUCUGAUGGGAAAUAGAAAACAAUGUUUUAUAAAUUAAAACCCAGCAGCUGUGCAGUAGAAGGAAUUCUUCAGUUAGAAAUCUUGAACGCCUGUAUGAGCAGUUAUGAUAUUUCUUAGUUGCUUCAAAAAGCUUUACUCUA